UAAUGCUGAAUGGCCAAAGCUUCUCUAAGCUUUUGCCGAAUCCCUACCAACAGAUCUGCAAGUCACUGUCCAAUUCCUGGGUAUCAAAUUCGUAGUGUGGCCAGCCCAGCUUCUAGUUUUCAACUUUAACCGACUUCGUUUUCUUGAUCUGCUACUAAUUGUACAUACUCCAAUUGAAUUGACCAUUUAAGUCAUCAUUUACGUUUUGCCUCGAAUUUGUCUUGCUGCAAUCUAAAAGUUGUUGAGCAUAGUGUCUGAAUAGCAUCAUCAAAAUACCAACCUCCCAUACAAACAAUGGACGUCGCAUACAAGCAACACGCCAAUCAAGCCCGACGAAAAAACCGAUCUUCAACAAACCUCCAGCACCUCUCCCUCGCACCCCUCACAUCCAAAUUGCCACUGACCGAUCCCGACGACCUCCCCGAAUUCGGCGCGUCAGCUUUCCAACACAAUGUCUCCUACCUCCAGGGCAAAUCGGCGCCUACAACGCCCCGACUCCUCCAAUCCCCAUCUCGAACCCGAGCCAAUUCCCCCACCCGCCGUCAUUCCUCAAUGCGCGAUCCCUUGAAUUUAGAUACGAAGCUACCGAAGAGUAAAUCUACAACUCACCUAGCUGUGUCUAAUGCGCGACGAGCAGGAAUAGAAGCAUUGUCACCUCUAUCCCGCCAUCGCGAACCGGCCAGUGCGAAAGAACGAGAACGAAGUGAUAGCGAUUGGGUCCUACGCGCGGGUGCUUUGAUUAGUUCUGAGACUCGCGAGUCUAAAGGGCAGGCUUGGUUAGUCUCGAGAGCGAGUUCGACUAGCUUGACUGGCAUGCGAGACGUCGAUGAGGAAGCAUAUGAAAGAGAAUUAGCUAGGGAGAGGGAAUUGGCGAGUAGACGGAGUAGCCGUAGAGGCAGCGUGGCAAGUCCAGAAGACGAUGUUCUUUCGCCAGGCAGUCGUUUUGGCAGCCGAUCGCAGAGCAGAGCUGGAAGUCGGGCUCGUUUAAGAACGCCUGUGGAGCGCCACGCGCAUGAAGGAUAUUUCAGCCAGGAUGUUUCCCCAGAAGACUCCGUACCAGGUCCAGAUUUCGUGGGCCUAGAUGAAAAGCUCGAAUGUUUCGAAAUAGAUACGAGCAAAUUGGACGAGGCCGCCGUCCGGAAAUUAGUUAGUAGAAAGAACAGCGGCGUAGGCUCUUGGAUGUGGUCACUCUUUUCCGUUGAGGAAAACGAAGAAGAAUCGGACAAUGCCGAGGGCGAAGUGUCAGACGGAGAAACUGAAGAAAGUCACUUUCCGCGAAGUGCGAGCACAGUGGAUUUUGAAGGCAUCACGAAGGUACCGGAGGAACGAAUUCCGCCCCCGAAACCAGACGAAGGCGGGUGGCAGGACGCAGCAUGGUUGCUGACUGUGGCGUCUAGAGUGUUGCUCUAAAGAUCUAAGACAAUGUGUCCCAUGUUAUG